CAUUAAUAAGCGAGCCAAGGACCGGAUGGUUCCUCCCCAAGAGUGGAGCCCCGGAGCCCUGUCCUCUUCUCUCCUCUCCUCUCCUCUCCUCUCCUAUCCGUUCGUUCGUUUCUUCCGUCUAGGGUUCCAAUAAGGUGCGCUGUUCUCCGUCACUUCCUACUAGAUUUCGAUCGGUUUCUAGGUCUCUUGCUCGAAAUACUAGCUCUUUUCCUGCAAAAAUUGCUACAAAUUUGCCGAAUUUCGCGUUAGUUAGAGCUAGAUGAUGUGGUUUUGAUUUCUUGUUUCGAUCGGUAUUUCUUGGAAAUCUUUGAUCCUUGCUGUUUGGAUGAUCUCGUGGUCUUAUUUCGUCCAAUUCCUGGGAUUAAUUUUCGAUUUAGCGGCGCUGUUUUUGUCCGUUAUCAUUGUUAGUGCAUGAAAUUUUACGCUCUUUAUUUGCUGGCUUACCAGAGAUUCUUGAUCCGUUAGAAGGGUUUAGAACUCAUCAUCUCACCAGAGUUUCUGAGCUUUUUUGGCGUUUUCUUCUUAAAACAUAGUGGUAAAAAGAAGAAGAAGAAGAAGAAGAAGCCAUCGAAUUAGCUUUAGAGCUCCUCUUCUCAAUAGCCUUCCGAUUUUUUCUCUGGUUCUCUGUUUUUUUUUUUUCGUUUUGUUUGUAGAAAUCCGUGGUAAAAAAUGGGUAGAGUAGCGUAGGAUGGCAGAAUUCGAUGGUUCCGGGGACGCGCAUCCGUGACUUGCGAGGAAUGACGAGUGGAUUCAAAUACGAACACCUCCUCGGUGACCAGAAUUCCGUCAACAGUCUCAAAUCAGGAGGGCCACCCAUAUUAGACCAGAAGGGCUUCAUCGACCUCCCAAGUGUCCCCCAUAAUUCAACUCUCCCCGGUCCCACAUCCUCCAUCCUCACCACAAAUGCCAAUGCCUCGUCUUCCUCUCUGAUUACAACCGCGGAGAUGGAUCCUGCGGAAGAUGCGGAGAUUUUCUCCGACAUAGUCCUCAGCUACAUCAGCCAGAUGCUCAUGGAGGAGGACAUCGAUGAGAAAUUCGAGCACCCAGCUCUUCUAGCUGCGGAGAAACCCUUCUAUGAUAUCCUUGCUGAGAAUAGUUCUCCUUCAUCCGAUCAGCCGCCGCCGCCGCCGUUUUCCAGCCAAAGCUCGGAUAGCCCUGAUGACUCUGCCAACAAUAACCAAUAUGGGAGUUCCAGCGGCGGUGUUAUCAACAAUUUGGCGGUGGAUGAUAUCUGGCCCUAUGAUUCACUCGAGUAUCAGCAGCUACAGACUCACCCUGUUUCCGUUGAUUACUCCUCUCGGUCUUCCUUUUAUUCCGGCAGCGUGGUGGAAGGAUUGGAUGAGUCUUUCGGAAAUACGGCCGCGGUUCCUGAUCUCCUUUCUGGGAGCCAAUUACCUGCUUGGGAGCAGUUUAGGAGGGGAGCCGAGGAGGCGCGCAAGUUCCUGCCGAGCGAGGAUAAGUUUGCGAUUAAUCUGGAGGCCAACGGGUUCUCGUUCCCUCGGGAACUGGAACAGGAGAAUGGAUUGGUCGAGGUCAAGGCAGAGGAGGAGGAGAGGGAGUAUCUGUCGCGGCGGUCGAGGGGUCGGAAGAAUCCGCAUGGUGAUGAUUUGGAGCUGGAGGAGGGGAGAAGCAACAAGCAGUCGGCUGUUUUCCCUGAGCGGACCGUUCGCACCGAGAUGUUUGAUAGGGUCUUGCUGUACACCGGGGAUCCAGGCAGAGGUCCUUCUGAGCUUCGAGCUGCAAUGCAGAAGGAGGCGAGCAGAAGGUCUCAGAGCGGCCAAUCUAAAGGGUCUGGUGGCGGAAAGGGUCGCGUGAAGAGGCAACCCAAGAGGGAGGUGGUGGAUCUUAGAACCAUCCUCAUCCACUGCGCUCAGGCUGUGGCGAUCGAUGAUCGCCGGAACGCACACGAGCUGCUGAAGCAGAUCAGGCAGCACUCUUCCCCUUAUGGAGAUGCGACUCAGAGGCUGGCCCAGUACUUUGCCGACGGGCUUGAGGCUCGGCUGGCUGGUACGGGGAGCGAGAUCUACAACUCUCUCGUGGCGAAACGAAGAGGUGCCGCUGAUAUCUUGAAGGCGCACCAUCUUUACAUGUCGGCGUGCCCUUUCAAGAAGAUCUCUCAUUUCUUCUCCAACCAGACCAUCUUGGACGUAGCUGAGAAGGCGACGAGGGUGCACAUCGUAGACUAUGGCAUCUACUACGGCUUCCAGUGGCCAUGUUUCCUCCAACGCCUCUCCGCUCGGGCUGGUGGGCCCCCGAGGCUUCGGAUCACUGGUAUCGAUGAGCCCCAGCCAGGUUUCCGUCCGACGGAGCGGAUCGAGGAGACGGGGCGUCGAUUAGCUGAUUACUGCCGGAGCUUCGACAUUCCCUUCGAAUUCCACGCCAUUGCAGCCAAAUGGGAGACCGUCCGAGUCGAGGAUCUCAACAUUGAUAAAGACGAGGUGCUCGUCGUCACCUGUCUGCACCAGUUCAAGAAUCUCAUGGAUGAGACCGUCGUGGUGGAUAGCCCGAGAAAUAUGGUCCUGAAUACCAUAAGGAAGAUGAAUCCAGUUGUAUUCAUCCACGCUAUCGUCAACGGCGCCUACAGCGCUCCCUUCUUUGUCACACGCUUUCGGGAAGCCCUGUUCCACUUCUCGGCGUUGUUUGAUAUGCUCGAAACGAAUGUGCCGCGUGAAGAUGCUCAGAGGCAGCUGAUCGAACGGGACCUCUUCGGAAAGGAGAUCCUUAAUGUCAUCUCAUGCGAAGGCUUGGAGAGGGUGGAGAGGCCCGAGACUUUCAAGCAGUGGCAGGUGAGGAUCCUCCGGGCGGGGUUCACGCAGCUCCCGCUGAACCGAGACAUCGUGAAGAAAGCCAAGGAGAAGGUGAAGAUGAGCUACCACAAGGAUUUUGUCGUAGAUGAAGGUAGCAGAUGGCUGCUGCAGGGGUGGAAAGGGCGCAUCAUCUAUGCCCUCUCCUCCUGGAAACCCAACGACGCAACCUAGGUUUCUUUCCGCAGACUUUCCCAACAUAUGCUGUAAAUGGACACUCAUCUUCCACUAGUCUGUCUUACCUAUGACUGCUCUUGAUGACUUAUGGUGACCGACUGAGGCCUGGCUUUCAGAACGCAGAUGGUGUUGAAGUAGUAAACGGGAAGUCCGAGGAAAGGAUUCCCACAAACUUUCCACGUAGAGUGGGGUCCCUAUCACCGUUCGCUGAUAUGAAAAUUUUGUAGGAUUGUUUUGUAUAAUAUUAUGAAGUGUGUUGGAACCUUUGAUUAAUGACAGAUCAGAUAGCGUACCUUGGCAAACAGAUUUGUGGUGCUUUUGAUUGAUUGUACCCGGGUUGCUCCAUGUCGGGUACAAUUAUAGUUAUUAGUUGGCCCUACUGCCAUACGGACGCCUGGUGGCGGAUUCUGUAAGGAUGCAGGUGCUACCUACGUUCCAAGCCCUGCUUUGGCUUUGAUAAUUGGCAUAUCAUCGUGUCUGUUUGGUA